AGGCCACCAGUGAGUGUGAAGAUGUCAUCGCCACGGGAGCGCGAGGCAGGAGAAUACAUCAAAAAACACAAAAUUGUUGACCUAAUGGACAAUUUAGCUAGUAUGCUUUUCUUCUACAGACCAGAUCGUCCUAGGACAUUUCUGAUUGACCAGCUUGAAAAGCUAAAAAUUUCCAAAUAUCACCAAGGAAACACUCCGUGCCUCUUAAACGUAGCCAACCUAGACGCGCUUUUUGGAAUCCUGGAUCCUUCCAAUCAAGGCUGCAUCACUUACGGUCAAUACAAAGAAGUGCUAAAGACCAUUGGCAUCAAGAAUUUCAGCACGUUCCCUGAUGGAGCCAGUGAAGACAGGAUAUCACAGGAAACAUUCAUUAGAGAGGUGACAAACGGCUUGUAAGAAGUGCAACAAUGUUCAAGCAGUAGAAGAACUCAACAACUAUUAAAAAAAGUUUUUCAAGUGUUCUUUUAAAG